UAAAAAUAAUAUGGAAAUGAAAAAGAGAGGAUGAAGUUGUUGAAUGAUUUGACGAGGGCGGCGACUUUUGACACAGUUCCAUUUACUUAAUUCCCAUAGUCCUCACAUAUCUCUUUGUUAUAUAAUAGCCACCAUAACCAAUUCUUCUCAUCACAAUCUUUUCAAUUAUAUCUCUCUUCAUAACAAAUAUGGCAAUGAAUGGUUUCUCAAAGAUGGCUGCAACCGCUCUUCUCCUAGUCCUGGCCAUCGUCCCAGCCACGCUCGCUGUGAAGUACACGGUCGGAGACGCUGCUCAGUGGGAUAGUGGUGUGGAUUACACAGCUUGGGUCAAAGGAAAGACUUUCAGAGUUGGUGACUCUCUAGAGUUCAAGUAUGGUCCUACACACUCAGUGAACGAAGUGAACAAAGCCGGUUACGAUAGCUGUGGAGGCACACCGAUCGAUACCCAUACUGGUGGAGACAACGAGAUUGAUCUCGAAAAAGUAGGAACACAGUACUUCAUCUGCCCUACACCUGGUCACUGUGCAAAUGGCAUGAAGCUUGCAGUUACGGUCGUAGCCGCCUCUUCCGGAACUCCAGCCGCCCCCACGCCGCCGUCUACAACUCCCGGAACUCCUUCCACACCGGGAACAACGCCGGCUGCCGGAACUCCAGGUACACCGGCUUCAGGGUCAACUUCUCCUCCUCCACCGAAGGCAAGUGGGGCAUCUAAGGGAGUGAUGAGUUACGUUUUGGUCGGAGUGUCGAUGGUGUUGGGUUAUGGUUUGUGGAUGUGAAUGGUUUAGAGAAGCCAGGGUGGAGUCAGUGCUUUUGCUUUUGAUCUUUACUUUGUUUUGGGUUGUAACUCUGUAAGAGAAUUUGAGUGUGUUUCCACGCCAUCGAUCAUCUCUUAUAAUUAGGGUUUUAAUUAUUUGGCGUCUAUCAGUUUGUCAUUUAUCACAUUCACUUCUUUUGUAUUGUUGUAAUAAAAUUAUUAUUAAUUUCACCAUUUUCUUUUUUCUCCGUGUUGUUUCAUCAUUCGUUAUCAUCUGUCAUCUAUAUAUAUCAACU